AUGCAUGUGCAAUAUUGUGUCUUACGUAAUCCCAUGUUUGUCAAACUGAAGGCAUCUAAUGUGCAUUCGCUGGAUGUUCCUGAUGAAGACCACAUCCACGCUUCAGCUUCUGUAAACAUGGGCACUGAAGGACUGACAUUACAUCUCCUGGAGGCCCUGGUGUCACAUCCGGUUUUGACCUUUGCCCUACUUGUGGCCGCUCUGUUGUCCACUUGGUGGUACAUCAGAGACUCCUACGAAGUGGACACCUUCAGCCUCAAGCAGGUGUUCAUCACAGGCUGUGACAGUGGCUUUGGCAAUCUGCUGGCCAGGCAGCUGGACCUCAAAGGCUUCUGCGUCAUAGCGGCCUGUCUCACCCAGAAAGGAGCGGCAGAUUUGGCGAGCUCGGCCUCCCCCAGGCUGAAGACCCUCAUCUUGGACGUGACGGACAGCGAGAGCAUCAGGAGAGCGCGGCGGUUCGUAAGCAAGGAGGUGGGAGAGCGAGGCUUGUGGGGGUUAGUGAACAAUGCUGGCAGAUCCACGCCCAUCGGCCCGCUAGAAUGGAUGCACUUGGAGGACUUCACCAAAGUGUUGGAAGUCAACCUGAUGGGCGUCAUUGAGGUGACGCUGCAGUUUCUGCCGCUCCUGAAGAAAGGUAGAGGCCGGCUGGUCAACGUCUCCAGUGUUCUCGGCCGGCUGGCGAUCAUCGGAGGAGGUUACUGUCCUUCCAAGUGGGGAGUGGAGGCCUUCUCUGACAGCCUCAGGAGGGACAUGCAGCAGUUUGGGGUGAAAGUGAGCAUCAUUGAACCUGGUUUCUUCAGGACUAACCUGACCAGGCUGGGUCCUAUUGAGGCCGAUCUCAGGAGGCUUUGGACCCGCCUCCCUCAGGAAGUGAAAGACUCCUAUGGGGUGACCUACCUUGAUGAGUACCUGAAGUGCCAGGACUUUUCCAUGCGCAUCUUGGCAAGUCCACGCAUCGCCACGGUAACGAGGUGCAUGGAGAAGGCUGUGAGCGCACGUUUCCCUCGCACACGCUACACUGCAGGCUGGGACGCCGCACUCCUCUGGCUGCCUUUGUCCUAUUGCCCCUCUUUUGUGUGCGACUUUGUGCUCCGCCUUCUUCUACCUCCACCUGCAGCACACACACUUUGAACACACACCUUACCUGGCACAAAAUACAACUUUUAUUCCACCAUUUCAAGUGUACAGACUUAUUGGGAAUCAUUGUGAGACAAGAUGACUUCUCUUCUCUUCUGUGGCUUUUCAUCAAUCAUCUUCCAUGGUCAAGUGUGGCGUCCAUCAGGAGUCAUGAAGUCACAUUUGUUCAACUGCAUGUUUGAGGUGCGUGUAUGUAGAUAUAUAUAUUGGACACCUUUUAUCUUAUGGCAACAUGAACUACUCAUUAAUAUUGAAAUUUACAAAUAUACAACAUAUUUAUCAGUGCAAAAGAUAUAAACAUCAGAAUAAAGAAUUGGCAUAUGAAAUGUCACAAGGCAUAUACUUUUUUUUUCUUCUUCAUUCUUGAAAUGUAAUCGUUUUUUUUUUUCUCUCACAGGCUGCAUAAAAAAAUAAAUUCUGUGCAAAGUGUGAUCUCUGGCCGGGGUUAUACGUCACCGUCCUCUUUGACCAGGUUGGCUGUGUCUUUGAAACUGUCCUCUGUGGGGGAAAAGGUGCUGGUGUGAUGAUGAUGAUGGUGAUGAUGAUGGUGAUCCCUCCUCGGAGGUUUAGUGGGCGAGGGCUCAGGCGCCAGAGUGUCUCCGCCGCUUUCUUCGGGCUUCUCGUCCUUCAUCUGUCAAAUAUUUCAAACAGUGAGUGAAUCUUGUGAGUUUGUUGUCAUGAGCAACCUUGGCUCACCUUGAAGUAGGACAGGUUCUCAAAUGCGAGGCUCGGCUUCAGUUUGCGCUUGAAUAAUCUCCAUGUUGACUCCUUAAGACCACAACACAAACAUCGUUGUUUGCACGACAACUCACACAAAACUAUGAUUUGUUAUUAGGGCCUGAUCUACUAAAGGUUUGCACAUGCAAACUUGAUAGCACAAGAUUGCAUCUCUUAAAUUAGAUGAUUUAGCGUGUCUUUCUUGAAUUAAUAUGCAGAAAAUAUGCUGCUAAUCAGAACGGCCACAAUACUUGGAAGAGAAAAUGCUAAUUUAAUUAUUUAGCACACACAGUGGGAUCUAUCAAGACUGAAAUUGUUCUGCGGCCGCUGUUUUGUGUCUUCAGUACCUCUAUAAAGGACGUGCAAACUGGCAGUUGCAGAGAAUUGGCUGUGAGAAAGGAGUGCGUUGUAUUCUUGUCAACAUAUUUGGACUGUCAACAGUCUAUUCAGCAAUAUCAUUUUAUGAUUUUAUAGCUCCUGGAUGAAUUAAGGGGCUGUUUGACACAAAUUCAAUAAAUAGAAAUAUAAAUAUAAAAAUAAACAGUCUAUUCAGCAAUAUCAUUUUAUGAUUUUAUAGCUCCUGGAUGAAUUAAGGGGCUGUUUGACACAAAUUCAAUUGAUGCAUUUUGAUGUCUGUUGGCAUUUGUCUUUAUUGACAUUCAUUUUUUUCACAGACUACACGGGGCCUGAUUUACCAAGAUCCAAAUAACAGGUGUUAAAUAGUGUGCCAACUAUUAAAUUGUGUGUGAUCUACUAAGACUGCGUGUAAAAUUGAUAACAGGUGCAGACCACCUUAUUUAAAUAAGGUUUUUGUGUGUACUCCUGGCAUUAUAUUUACAUACACUAUGUUCUCCCAUUGAAAAUGUGUGGUGCAAUAUGAAGGCUAAAAUAUCAGAAGGGAGACUGUUGAACAACUUAAGCUGUACAUCAAGGAAGAAUGGGAAAGAAUUCCACUUAAAAAAUGUGUCUCCUCAGUUCCCAAACCUUUACUGAGUGUUGUUAAAAGGAAAGGCCAUGUAACACAGUGGUAAAAAUGCCUUUUUUGCAAUGUGUUGCUGCCAUUAAAGUAUAAGUUCAUGAU